AGACGGGUCUCUCCCGAAAUGCUUCGCGCUGCCAACGUAGCAGAGCAGAGCUAACCGAUAGGAGCUGCUUCUUCCGCCGGAUCAUGGCUCCGUAGAGCUCCUCUGAAGGCCGGUGAAUAUCGAUUAGGCUUCUGUGAAUGAGAAUCGGUUUUGUUCCGUGAUCAGUAAUCUCCGAUCAUUUUUAGAUAUCGAUCCCGGAGGAUUUUAAGCCGGUUUGUUAGCAUCGCCUCACAGUUCAUCACAGACGAGCCCAGCGCUGCGCGGACAGGUGAGAUGGCGAGUCCCCGGACCAGACGCGUCCUGAAGGAAGUGAGGACGAAAGAUGGAAAUAACGUGUGUUUUGAGUGCGGAGCGUUUAACCCUCAGUGGGUGAGUGUGACCUACGGGAUCUGGAUCUGUCUGGAAUGUUCUGGAAAGCACAGAGGCCUCGGGGUCCAUCUGAGCUUUGUGCGUUCUGUUUCGAUGGACAAAUGGAAGGAUAUAGAGCUGGAGAAGAUGAAGGCGGGGGGAAAUGAGAAGUUCCGCUUGUUUCUGGAGCUGCAGGAUGAUUAUGACGCAAACUGGAGUCUGCAGGAGAAAUACAACAGCAAGGCUGCUGCUCUGUUCAGGGACAAGGUGGCUACUCUAGCCGAGGGGAAGGAAUGGUCCAUCGAAAACUCCCCUGCCAAAGACUGGACUCCUCCUCAGCCGAAGACUGGACUCUCCUCCUCUCACCGAAGCUCUGCCGGUGCUGGUCAGCAGUCCUCACACUCAGACAGGGCGUUUGAAGACUGGUUGAGUGACGACGUCAACUCCUACCAGAGUGGUGGGAGCGGGCAGGAGAACCGCUAUGUGGGCUUUGGAAACACGCCUAACCCUCCGAAGAAGGAAGAUGAUUUCAUUAACAAUGCGAUGUCCUCCAUUUACUCGGGCUGGAGCAGCUUCACAGUCAGUGCGAGUAAGUUUGCAGCCGUCGCAAAAGACAACACCACAAAAUUGGCCAGCCAGGCAUCUAUGAAGGCUGCUGAGUUAGGACAGACUUUAAAUGAAAAUGUUAUCAAACCCACUCAGGACAAGGUAAAAGAUGGAAAGUUGUUUGAUGAAAUGGCGGUCGGGAUCUCAGGGCUCGCCUCAAAGGUUCAGGAGGCUGGAGCGAAAGGCUGGAAGGACAUGGGCUCAUUCUUUAGUGGGAAACCAGGAGAUCCUGCAGACGGGUCUAUGGGUGGAGAUGGCUAUCAGAACAUGGAGCCCUCGAGCGGCUACCAGAACAGCGAAGGGGUUGGUCAGAGCUUCUGGGAGACCUUCGGCAGCAACUCCAAGCCCAAGAAGUCCCCCAGCAGUGACAGCUGGACUGUCGCCGACAACUCAGCAGAGAAGAAGAGCUCGGACAGCUGGGACAACUGGGGCUCCGAGGCUCCGUCCAACAACAAGCACAGCACCGGAGACAGCUGGGAGGCCUGGGACAACAACUGGGAGAACGCCGCUGAGAACAAGAGCAAGAAGAGCGCCGCUAAAGAGGACGAGUCGUGGGAGAACGCCGACUGGUAGAUGAUUCCGCGCUCCUGAACGUCGGAGCCGGCUGUGCCGACUGCGGUGCAACCGCAGAGACGCUGUCAUUCUGAUCGUAUGUGCUGUUGUCGGAUGUGUUUUUCAGUAACUUUGUUUGAAAUUUAUUACAGAAACUUCAUCUCCAACGUGAACGCCUUCUCCGAGCACGUUAGAACCCGCUAGAACCUGUUAGAACCUGGCCGUGCUUGUGUUUCGGGUACAGUCGUAUUCGAUGAUGAUGAUUUUGAGAUCUUGCACGUUUUAAAUUCAAACUGUAGGUGUUUCUGCUGCGUCUCUGCAGCAGCACUUUAACUUCUAAAGAUUCUUUAAGUGUUUUUUCAGUUUAAUAUGUUUAUCAGUUAUUUAUCUCUCAGCUCUGCGCAGAUUAAAGGAUGCACCCUUAUAAACAGGUUCUUGAAGGGUUCUUUACUAAAACCAACGGUAGUAGAACCAACCGUGACAACUCAAUGAUCAGUUUGAAUGUGUAAGAGCGCCACAAAGGUUUUGCUACUGUUAGAAGAACAUUUUUUCUGCUAAUAGUGCAGGCUCGAUGAUAUGCCGAAGAUAUAACAUUACAAAACUUCAGGACGUUUUCAUUUUUCACAAUAUUUGUUUAUUAUUGAUGGGUUGUGUUGAAUGCCCCAGCACUGCCACAUCUGUAAUAUUAAUUAAAAAGGAUUAAUUAUGAUCUUAGUCUGUAAUGACACACACAGUCAGUGCUCUUUAAAUACUGAUCAUAUCCACCAUUUACUCAGAAACUGACAAUUUAUGAUGAUAAUGAUAAGAGCUGCUGUAGAGCUGCUACUCAUUUGAUUAUUCAGUGUGUAGUGAGUUUUUCUACGAAAGAAAGUCUUUAAAAGCUCUUAAUACGUCAGUUUUACACACCUGUUCAGUAUCGGAAUAGUGCUGUGAAAAUCCUCAGUAAGCAUUAAUCUUUAAUCUUAAUCUUUAAUCUGAAUAAUUUUGCUGGAAACUUUGCAGUUAGUCUGUGCAGAGGCUGUUCUUUAGUGUGGCUGUGGGGGGCGACAGAGUGCAGUUUAUUUAUUUUCUCUAAUUAAACUGCCCUGUAAAAAAUGUCAUAUCAGAUUAACCUAAAUAAAAAUCUUUCAUGUAGUAACAAGCAGUUCAACUAGUUUUAUUAAUCAUUUAUUAAAAGUAUUUAUUUAGAUUAAAUAAAAUUAAUUUGUUUGCUUAUUACUGUGUGAAAUAAUUUUUAGGUUGAACUGACGAGACACUUUUUACAGUGUGGGCAUCUAAACUCUUAUUGGUUCAGAACGUUCUCCUUUGCUUAUUGGUUCUUCAAACUUCAUCAUUUCAUCUCAAACAUCCGAAUGAGUUUAAAAGUGGUAAAGAGUUUGGCUAGUUUAAAGGACUUUAAAGAGAAGUGAAGAGCGCUUUAGAGACAUUUGUUAAAGGUCCUCAGACGACCCAUGAAACUAAAUCACCAGCUAAAACUAUGGAGUGAUUAAAUAUUGCAUUGUGAGCAUUUAUCUGACCACAGAUCUCUCUCGCUCUCUCUCUCUCUCUCUCUCUCUCUCUCUCUCUCUGUGUCUCUCUCUCUCUCUCUCUCUCUCUCUCUCUCUCUCUCUCUCUCUCUCUCUCUCUCUCUCUCUCGCAGUCCUCAGUGUCUCUCGUCCACCUCUGGUGGCAGUGUCGUUUUUAACAUUUGAAUGCUUAUUCAGUUAUUAAUCUUAAUACUAAUCCACAAAAAAAAACUAAUAAUAAUGAUAAAAUAUGGUUCCCUCCUGCAGUUCUGAUAUGACGGUGAUUCAGUGUGUCCUUUGAAACUGAUGUGUCGGUUCUGUUAUGAGAGGAGCUGAAAUGUAAACAUGUACAGUUAUUGAGAGUUUAAUGGAUUAAAGUGGAAAAGCUUUAUUAA